AUGAGCCGUCAAGCCAACUACAGCCAACAGUCCUGCAGGUCUUCUAGUGGAGGAGGCCACCGCCAGGGCUUCAGUGGCCGCUCAGCUGUGGUGUCAGGCCAGAGCCGGAUCAGCGCCACCAAGUCCUCCUCCGGCUCUCGCUCAGGGGGAGGAGGCAGCGGAUCUUCUGCUUGCGCCAUGAUGGGACGAGGUUUUGGUAGCCAGAGUCUCUACAACCUUGGGGGGACCAAGAAGAUCUCCAUCAGCGUGGCUGGAGGCAGCAUGCGGGCAGGAGGGUUUGGGGGAGCUGGAGGUUUCGGAGGAGGAGCUGGAGGUUUCGGAGGAGGAGCUGGAGGUUUCGGAGGAGGAGCUGGGGGUUUUGGAGGAGGAGCUGGGGGUUUUGGAGGAGGAGCUGGAGGUUUCGGAGGAGGAGCUGGGGGUUUUGGUAGAGGAGCUGGUGGCUUCGGUGGCCCUGGUGGCUUCGGUGGUCCUGGUGGCUUCGGUGGUCCCGGUGGUGCAGGUGGCUUCUCAGGUGGAAUCCAUGAAGUAACUGUCAAUCAGAGCCUUCUGCAGCCCAUGAAUGUAGAAAUUGACCCUCAGUUUGGGCAAGUAAAAACCCAGGAGCGGGAGCAGAUCAAGACUCUCAACAACAAGUUUGCCUCCUUCAUAGACAAGGUGCGAUUUCUGGAGCAGCAGAACAAGGUCCUGGAGACCAAGUGGAGCCUCUUGCAGGAGCAGGGUUCUAAUUCUAAUGCCAACAGUAACAACCUUGAGCCUUUUUUUGAGAACUACAUUAGCAGCCUCAAGGACUUCCUGAAUGGACUUCUCAAUGAGAAAAACAAACUGGAGGGAGAGCUGAGGAGCAUGGAGGACCUGGUGGAAGACUUCAAAAAGAGGUAUGAAGAGGAAAUCAACAAGCGUACAGCUGCAGAGAAUGACUUUGUGGUCCUGAAGAAGGAUGUUGAUGCCACCUAUAUGACCAAAGUGGAGCUGGAGGCCAAGGUGGAGAACCUGACAGAUGAGAUCAACUUCCUGCAGGCCCUCUACAAUGCUGAGCUGUCCCAGAUGCAGUCAGACACAAGUGACACAUCUGUAGUGCUAUCCAUGGACAACAACCGCUUUCUGGACCUGGACAGCAUCAUUGCUGACGUCCGUGCCCAGUACGAGGAGAUUGCUCAGAGGAGCAAGGCUGAGGCUGAGGCCCUGUACCAGUCCAAGUUGGGAGAGCUGGAGACCACGGCCGGCAGACAUGGUGAUGACCUGAAGAACACUAAGAGUGAGAUCUCUGAGCUCAACAGAAUGAUCCAGAGGCUGAGGGCAGAGAUUGAGAGUGUCAAGAAGCAGAAUGCCAAUCUGCAGACAGCCAUUGCUGAUGCUGAACAGCGUGGGGAGCUGGCCCUCAAGGACGCCAAUGCCAAGCUCCAGGACCUCAAGGCCGCUCUGCAGCAGGCCAAGGAGGAACUGGCCCGGCUGCUGCGAGAGUAUCAGGACCUCAUGAAUGUCAAGCUGGCCCUGGAUGUGGAGAUCGCCACUUACCGUACCCUCCUGGAGGGUGAGGAGUGCAGGAUGUCUGGGGAGUGCCAGAGUGCAGUUAGCAUCGAGAUGGUCAGUAACACCAACAGCAGCAGCAGCAGCGGCGGAGGCGGAGUCUCUGGUGGCCGCGGAGGCCGGGGCGGCUCCUCCGGCGGGAGCAGCGGCUCCUAUGGCGGCAGCAGGGGCGGCAGUGGGUCCUACAGCGGCAGCGGGGGCAGCAGCGGCUCGUACGGCGGCAGCGGCUCCUAUGGCGGCAGCGGCUCCUACGGCGGCAGCGCGGGCUUGGGCGGCCCCGGGCGCAGCGGCGGCGGCAGCCCCGGGGGCCUGGGCUCAGGCGGGAGCUCUGUAGUGCGCGGGGGUAGCUCCACUUCCACGUCCGGGGGUUCCUGUGCGGUUAGCGGAGGCGGCAGCAGCGGCAGCAGCUCCAAUCGCGUCUCGCAGAGCUCCUCCCAGAGCUCCUCUCAGAGCCAGCGGUCCCACCACAAGUUCUGA